AGGUGCCGGUCCCGGUGCCGCUCCCGGUGCUGUUCCCAGUGCGGCGCUGCCCGGCGCGCCCCCCGGCGCGCCGGCCCGGGCCGCCAGCAUGUCCCGCGGGCCGUCUUGAAGACAGGCGGAGAUCAGCUGCCUGCUGUCGCUGGUGAGGGAUUCGGGGGAGGCUGCGACCCUCAUGGCCUCCAGGUCGCGACCCAACGAGGAGCUGUGGCGGGAGCUCUGCCGGAGGCUAGCGGCCGCCGGCUACGAGCGCACCGUGGCGCAGUGCCGCUCCAAGUGGAAGGCGCUCAAGCAGGCUUUCCACUCGGAGCGGGAGAGGCGCCGUCGGGCAGAACUGCGCUCGGCUCUGCUGCCGCCACACUUCCGAGCCAUGAGGAGCAUCUGGAAGGCGGCGGGGCAGCCCGUGUCUGGCAAACGGAGGAUGCCAGUCGUGAGGAGGCUGUCGUCCAGAAGGCGAAGGUCAGCUCCUGCCCCACGCCCUCCUUCCUCACCAGAGCCACCAGAGCACGACGUUGGCAGCGACACCCCCAGCAUGCUGCCGUCACCGAUGCUGCAGCAUGCCAAUGACGAGCCAGAGAGCUCAGCUGGUGGGAAACACGUUGCUGGAGCGCCACCCACAGCCCGUGCCAUGCCACACACCUGUUGCUGCGUCUCUUCCCUCUCCCUCCUGGGUGAGUACCAUGCCCCAGCUACCAUGCUUGUGUGCCCUGGCGCAAGAGGUGGCUGCAGCUCACAGGCUGGGUCUGCUCUCCUUCCAAGCUGUCACACUGACCUGAUGCAGAAAGGAGCUAAGGGAAAGGCCAGUUUUCCUGGUGAGACGUCCCUGGGGAUGGGAAGAGGAAACCAAGUGCUGCCACUGGCUGCUGCAGCCACAGGCUCCCACGAGACAGCAGCCACAAGUGAGCAGCCAGCAGCAGGUGAAGAUGCAUCAGACACAAGCCUGCAUGAUCCUCGCGUGAAAGGCUUGGUCCUGUGUCUCCAGCGUCAAGUGGUGCAUGUCCUGUACACAUUCUGUCAGCAGCAGAAGGCAUUUCUGGAGAACGUCUUCCACAACCUCGGGCAGGGUGAGUCUGGAGUGCCCUGCUGCCCCGGUGCUCUUCAGACUUCCUCGGAUCCCAAAGAGAACCCUCAGCUGUCCUCUGAUGGCAGGUGCGCCCCCGCCUGAGUGCCACCAUCGCUGGCCCUAGGAGCAACAGCUUUGCUACAGAGCCAUGGCACAUAUCUUUAUAUCAGAGGUUCCAGAUAUUUUUAGAGUUUAUACUAGAGAGAUGUUAAUAAAAUUAAAAAUAGCUUUUCUACCA